AUGAAAAUCCUGCAUUUUCUCACUUUACUGCUUUGGCAUUUGACUUGGCUCUCUCUGGAUCUAGUUCCUGGAGCACUGAGUAAUUCUGAAGCAGGCCAGAGUAACCCAGGAUCUAAAUUAGGUUUCUUAAAAGCAGAAGGAAAAGAGAGGAACCCCUCAGCACGGGCAGGUACACUGAGGACUGCAAGCUAUGGAUACAGUACCGGGACCUCAAAGGCCAGGACUAAAAGCAGUGCUGCUCAGGCUGGAGCUCUGCUGGCCAAGAAUGAUGAAGCAAAGAAGGUUCUCCCAAGAACAGCAGCCACAGAGGGCAAAGUAGGACAUCUCCCCAGCAGACCUUCUGGAGUAAGGACAGUGACUCCAAAGGUCCAAAAUCUCAGCAGCAAGGUGGCUUUGAAAAAAACGGGCACAAGCAGUGCUGACACUGAUUCCUUCAAAACCAAAAAGACUAAAGAGCCUGUAAGCCAGAGGGAAACUAAGGAAACAUUCAGACAUCCCCCCAUAACACCACAUGAGUACAUGCUCUCCUUGUACAGGACUCUCUCAGAUGCAGAAAGAAAAGGUGUUAAUGGAAGUGUAAAACUCGAGGCUGGACUCGCCAAUACAAUAACCAGCUUCAUAGACAAAGGACAAGACGAGCGAGCACCAACUAUAAGAAAACAAAAAUAUAUUUUUGAUAUCAGUGCAUUAGAAAAAGAUGGUUUGCUGGGAGCAGAGCUUCGGAUACUGAGGAAAAAGCCUUCUGAUACUUGGAAGUCUCAUUCUUCUGGAAAAACUUCCCAAGUGAAAUUAUUUAGUUGCUCUACAAACAGACAAGCAGCAACACUCCUGGACUCUCGUACCGUCAGUAUCACAGAUACACCCAAGUGGGAAGUGUUUGACAUCUGGAAACUUUUCAGGAACUUUAAAAACUUGGUUAAUUUGUGUUUUGAACUGGAAACUUUUGACAGGGGGAGAGCUGUUGAUCUCAGGAGUGUGGGAUUUAACAGAACAGGAAGACAGGUCAAUGAAAAGGCUCUCUUCUUGGUGUUUGGAAGGACGAAAAAAAGAGACUUAUUCUUCAAUGAAAUCAAAGCCAGGUCUGGCCAAGAUGACAAAACUGUUUACGAGUACUUGUUCAACCAGAGGCGGAAGAGAAGAGCUCCUCUGGCAACACGGCAGGGGAAGAGGCCCACCAAGAAUCUGAAGGCAAGGUGCAGCAGGAAAGCCCUCCAUGUGAAUUUUAAGGACAUGGGCUGGGAUGACUGGAUCAUAGCCCCUCUGGAGUAUGAAGCCUAUCACUGUGAAGGGCUGUGUGAAUUCCCCCUUCGGUCCCACCUGGAGCCCACCAACCAUGCAGUUAUCCAGACACUAAUGAACUCCAUGGACCCAGAAUCCACCCCCCCCACCUGCUGUGUCCCCACCAGGCUGAGUCCCAUCAGCAUUCUUUUCAUUGACUCAGCAAACAAUGUGGUCUACAAACAGUAUGAGGACAUGGUGGUGGAGUCGUGUGGCUGUAGGUAGCAGAGCAGCUGCUCCUGUCAACGUGUU